AUGGAUUGUAGCUCGCUGGAAACCUUGCAAUUUGUACUUGCCGGGAUGAUGCCCGAAUCCGAUCUGAUUGACCCGAAAUUGUUAAGUUUGAACUGCAGUAAUAACACCACGACCAACGACACAGACGCGGUCUUCCUCGACUACUCAGUGGAUGAGAUAAUAGAUACGUUUAGACAAGGCAUGUAUACGCACCGAUCUCCAACUACCAUAGCGCUGAUUAUUCUUUACCUUACGGCGUUCGUUCUUGGGUGCGUCGGCAACACACUCGUUAUAAUUGCGUGGUUUCGCAACAAACAUAUACGGACUAUCAUUAACUGUUUUUUGGUCAACUUAGCUGUGUGUGACUUGGCGGUGGUGUUGGUGUGCAUGCCGAUAACACUGGGCAACAUUGUCUACCAGGAAUGGAUUUACGGGGAAGUACUGUGCAAGCUUACUCCAUGUGUACAGGGGAUGUCAGUUUCCUCCAGCGUACUUAUUCUGACUGCAGUAAGUUUAAAUAGAUUUUAUGCAAUCCAUAGUCCAUUGAAGGCCAAGGUGUUGUACACUCGACGUCGAGUGCGAAUCUUGAUAAUAAUAAUAUGGAUCAUAUCACUAAUAUUGAUGAUUCCUAUACUCAUCGUUAAUCGCUUAGUCACACAGGAAUUCUUCGGUGUAGUGAAGGUGACUUCGUGCCAAGAAGAAUGGGGAUCGAUGUAUCUGAAACACGCCUAUAACAUGUCUCUGUUUUUGAUCCAGUUUGCAUUGCCCAUGUUAUUCAUGUUCGUCGCAUAUGUCAUGAUUUUUAGAGCCCUGAUAUCUACAAGCGCAGAACUUGGAAAAAACGCCAAUCCGGAUAAAGAGGCCCAGUAUAAAAGUCGACGAAAGGUUGUGCGGCUUUUGAUUGUCGUAGUCCUACUAUUCGCAAUCUCGUGGUUUCCGUAUCACGUCGCUACUAUAUGGGCGGAUUAUCAUCCUGUGGGCGAAGUGAUGAAAGUGUUUCCCUUCGUACAAUGGCUUGGAUUAUGCAGCUCGUCUCUCAACCCUAUAUGUUACUGUUUCCUUAGCAAAACGUACAGGAAAACUUUUAAAGCGUCUUUGCAGUGUCAGCGGCAGAGGCGAUCAAGCCUCAAAAGUGGCCUGGCGGAGCAGCACGGGAUAGCCGCUUUCGCUUUCAGUCUAGGGGAAGGUUCGCGUCGGAGUCGGUCAAGAAAACGUGGGACCGUUAGUCUUGUUUCGCCCUAUGAUGAGGACAAACAUAGGAAACGAUAUGCUACUAUGUUUACCAAUGGAAAUUACAUCAACAAUCAGCGAGAGGCUGUACAAUUCUCAAAGGGUGAGAAAUCACCCGGCGAGUUAAUGAUAAGAGAAACGGUGCUGUGA